AUGCAAUUAGUUUUGAUACAAGUGCACCAUGCCACACUCUAUCAAACGCCUUUGAAAAAUCUAGAGCCACCACUUUACUUUCGCCAAAAUGGUGAAUGGAAUGACACCAUUUCUCCGAAAGUCUCCCGUAGAGCGACCUCUACGAAAGCCAUACUGGCGGUCGUUAACAUAAGUGAAGCUAGACGCAAGUACCGGGAAAAUAAUCCAAUACCCACAACCAAUCAACCCAACUCUUAUACAGCAACAGUAACCAACUCCCCAACAAAACGCAAAGAUAAUUCAAAUAAGCAAACAGAAAUAAAUAGUAAUCCUACUGCGCAAAACCCUGACUCAAACAAACAACCCGCAACAACAAAAAACAACAAAACCUAUCAUUCCCCGACAUGGAAGACCAGAGAGGCGCGUCACUGGCGGAACAACGAAUCCACCUUCUGCACAAUAAAUGAUGAUGCCCCCACACGGAUUAUGGGUAACUGCGCCAGCUCUCCAGACAUCACAAUAGCGAGCCCUGGUCUGAUAAACUACGCAACUUGGAGAGCAGUAGUUUCUCUAGCCUCAGACCACUUACCCAUAAUCGUUUGUCUGGAUCGACCCAAUGACUUCAUCGUCUCUGAACGCCGUCUCUACAUAAACCAAAAGAAAGCAGACUGGCCCGGCUUCAGAGAAUUCACUGAUCGCAUCCUCAAUGAUCUUCCAGCUCCUAGCAACGUACACCAAGCAGAGAGCAAGUUCCGCGAAACUGUCAUCGCAGCAGCAGCCCGCUUUAUUCCUGCUGGUCGACUAUCCUUAGUGCGGCCGCACUUCCCAGCAGAGGCAGCGAGACUAGCAGACGAGCGCGAUGACCUCCGAAGUAUCAACCCCGACGACCCACGUAUUAUCCAGCUGAAUCAUGAUAUCAGCAGGUUGGUAAAUGAGGACAAACGGAACAAAUGGUUAGAUCAUUUGAAGAACUGCAACUUGAGCUCAGGUGUUAGUAAGUUGUGGUCUACGGUUCGGUCUCUCCCCAACCCGACGAAGAAGGAUGACAGGGUCGCGAUUAAGUUUGCAGAUACCACUAUUUCCGACCCUGUACGGUGCUCGCGUGUAUUUUGCCGACUUUUUAUUGAGCACCCAGAGAGAGAUAAGGCGAAAUGAAGUGUUGUUCGCAAACCUCACAACCUUCCAGUCUCGGACAUUCCACAACCUUUCACCCCUUCUGAAGUUGCAGAGGCCAUCAACGCAGCCAAACCAUCUAAGGCGAUUGGCCCCGACGGCAUAUCCAUGCUGAUGCUGAAACACCUUGGCGAACGGGGAGUCGAGUACUUGACAAUAGUCUUUAACCUGUCAAUGAGCAGCCUGAUAAUACCCAAUGCCUGGAAAAAGGGUAGAGUCAUCCCGAUACUGAAACCAGGGAAGAACGCGACAGAGGGUCAAUCCUACAGGCCGAUUUCCCUCCUGUCACCAGUCGCGAAGACUCUUGAGGCGCUCCUCCUCCCCCAGCU